UUUCCCUCUUUCAAACAGUUCUUCAUCGUUCUGUUGAUCAUCCUUUUGGCUGAACUGAUCCUCCUCAUCCUCUUUUUUGUCUACAUAGAAGAGGUGAGGGAAAAUGCCAGACAGGACCUUAAAGAGGGGCUGGUGCUGUACAACACAGAGAACAAUGCUGGCCUCAGGGAUGCGUGGAACACCAUACAGAGAGAGUGGGAGUGCUGCGGCGUGACUAAGGCGGACGACUGGUCCAGCAUCAUGCAGGAGAACGUCGUUCCAGACAGCUGCUGCCAGCAGCGUCACCUGAACUGUGGCCGCAACGCAUCAAACGCCUUCUGGAUGGAAGGUUGCUAUGAUAAGGCUGAGCAGUGGGUGGAUGCCAACAAACACCUGCUGGGAACCAUUGCCAUGUGUGUGUUGGUCAUACAGCUGCUGGGCAUGGCAUUCUCCAUGACGCUUUACCAACAGAUCCACCGAGCCGGAAAGAAAUACGAAGCUUAACGGGAUCCAGAUCACCUCUGGUACUUAAACUGUCAUAGUCUAGAACAGUUAGAAAGGCAGUUCACAUGUUUGCCACUGUUAUUACUUUUACUUAAUCUAUGCACUCACAUAUUCUGUUUUAACAACAUCUAAAAUAGUUUUUUAUUCCUUGUUUUUAAAUAAGCCUCUACUGAAAAUCAGGUUUAUAUCCCUGCCUGUGGAAAGUGAUUAUCAACUAAAAUGUUCAAUAAAGGCUGAUAUUGAUCACCA